GAAACCCCUGCCAUUCCUCCUAUCCGUCUUAUCACACUCUGCAGUACGUACAGCAGAGACUGCCUUCAGCAUCCCCCCUCCUUGUUCCUCCCCCCUGUGACACCUCCCCGGCGUGAUCUUUUCUCUGCCACCUCCAGCACCGGUCCCUUCACCAUCAUGGGCCACUCCACACCGGCCCUGCUACCUCAGACGGGGGAUUAGGGGACGCUGUCUGCACUGAGGGAGGUAUGGAGAAAGAACUGUGACACACUGGACCCCCAGCAGAAGGGGAAACUGUUGCAGCUGUUGCUAGAGUUCCAAGGCAGUUUUGCCAUGAGUGAGGAGGAGGUUAGGAGGACCUAUCUAGUGCAGUAUGACAUUGACACGGAGAACGCACGGCCCAUCAAGUGUCGUCCUCGCCGCCACCCUCUGGCACAUCAGCAGGCAUGUGACCAAGCUGUGUGGAACAGGCAAAUAUCAUCAAGCCCUGGGCAGCAACAGUCGUCAUUGUCCCCAAAAAGAACGGUGGCUUGCGGCUCUGCUCAGACUACAGGCCGGUGAAUAGGGUCACCAGGAAAGAUCCCUACCCCCUGCACUCAUCGACGAGUCCCUGGACUUGUUCUCGGGGUCCUCCUGGUCUCCUCCUUGGAUUUUCGCAGCGGAUAUUACCAGGUACCUCUCUCCCCAGAGGCCAGACCCAAGACAGCCUUCUGCCCUGGACGGGGUCUGUGGCAGUUCAAGGUACUAGUUUUGGACUUUGCAAUGCCCCUGCCACCUUUGCGAGGUUGAUGGACAAGGUGCUUUCUGGUAUUCCCCUACAGCAGUGCCUGGUGUACCUUGAUGACAUCCUUGUGCAUGGCAGCUGCUACAGAAAGAUCCAGACUUUGCGUGGACUAUGGUGUGUCAGGGGGCUUUCAGCAGCCUUCAGCGUGCCUCUCCCCAGCCGACCCCACCUUGCCCUUUAUCCUUGAUACAGACACUACCGGUGUGGGUGUGGAAGGGAUGCUUUCCCAUGUGGGGUCCGAGGGAGGGAGAGUGUUGGCCUCCUUCAGUCGGGGGUUUAACAAGGCUGAGCGUCGCUACUUUGUCAGACUCUUGGCAGUGGUGCUGUCAAUCAGGCACUUCAAGUACUAUCUGUGUGGCCUGCCCUUCAGGGUGAGGACUGACCACUCUGUUCUUCAGUGGCUCAUGACUUUCAGGGGAGCCAGAGUGGCAGGACGCCAGGUGGGUGGAGGAGCUCCAGGCUUUCCAAUUCAGAGUGGGGCACAGGGCUCGGGCGCGCUACAACAAUGCAGACAACCUCCAUCGCCACCCGUUUGCCACAGCUGGGUGCAGGUACUGUGAGUGGAGGGAGACCCGUGAGCAAGAGCUGCGUGAGGAGGAGGAGGAGGAGGAGGAGGAGGAGGAGGAGGACUGUGCUGCAGUGGGACAGGUAGAGGUGUUCCUCUGCCAGAAGCUGCAGGCAGUGGAUGUGGCAGAGUGGGGACAGCAGCAGGAGCAGGACACGACCUACAGCCUUUACUGCUAUAGGUGGAGACACAGCAGGCACCACCGUAGGAAGAGGUGGCCAUGCUUUCAACGACGACCAAGGGGCUGUGGUCUAAGUUUUGGGCCCUACUUCUGAAUGAGGGUGUGCUGCAGCGGGCGUUGAAGGAGCCAGCCAUGGGUGAGUAACAGUGGCAGGGUCCCCAAGAGGCUGCAGGAGGCGGCUGCUUCAGCCCAUCCAUGGAGCAGCAGGGUCUGGGCAUUUUGGAGUCGCAAAGACACUCCGCCGCCACCAUAGUAGAUGCCCUGGUGGGGGAAUGUUCAGCCACUUUGGGAGUGCCAGAGAGCAGACACAGUGACCAGGGGAGGAGCUUUGAGUCCCGGGUGUUUGCCACCAUGUGUGAGCGGCUGGGCGUACACAUGACACGCCAUCCCCUUGCGGCCCCAGAGUGACGCCUUGGUGGAGAGAUUCCACCGCACCUUGGGCCAGCAGCUGGCCAUCCCACCUCUCGGCACCAGCAAGACUGGGACACCCAUCUACCCAUGCUGCUCCUGACGUGUCGCUCCGCGGUCCAAGAGUCCACAGCAUGCACGCCUGCCCUUCUCAUGCUGGGGAGAGAACUCCGCACCCCAGCAGAGUUGGCGUUUGGUCUUUUCAACAAUCUCUCCGCACCCCUUCAUCAUGUAAAGGAGGGCGCCACUCUUCCGGAAAGAUGUUCUUUGUCGCUGGCUCCAAACGCAGCGGAGGAGCAGCCAGAGGAAAUGAAAAGUCCAUGUACCAGAAGUUCCGCGAUGUGGAUAUAUUGGACAAGAAGAAAACAGUGACGGCUCUGAAACCCGGAGAAGAUCGAGCCAUCCUGCUGGGUCUUGGGAUGAUAAUCUCCUCGGUGAUGAUGUACUUCGUCCUGGGUGUCACCAUCCUGCGCUCCUACGCAGACAGUGUGUGGACAGAGGAGGGAGUGUGUGUGGUUCUCAACUCCACCAUCGCCGCUGACGUCAACUGCUCCUACCACUGCGGACCGGACUGCUGGCGGGUCUCGCGGUACCCCUGUCUGCAGAUCUACGUGAGCAUCAACAACACGGGCCGCGUGAGCCGGCUGUCCCACAACGAGGAGACCCAUGACGCCAGCUCUGAAUGCUUCUUUGUCCCCAAGUGCCAGAAGGAGAUGGGGGUCAUGCAGGCCAUGGUGGUGAACAUCUCGGAGCGUCUGAAGGCCAACCAGCAAAUCUCCUGUUACUACAACCCCAGCGAGAGGCAGCACGACACUGUGCUCCUCUCUCGGCUGUACGGCAACACCGCCGUCUUCCACUCGCUCUUCUGGCCCUCGUGUAUGCUCACUGGCGGCACCCUCAUUAUCAUCAUGGUGAAGCUCAACCAGUACCUCUCCAUGCUCUGUGAGGAGCUUGGCAAGGUCCACAAGUGAGAGGAAGGUGGAGGAAAGCUAGGUAGGCUGCUGAAGUAAGAAGUGAGAAGAGAAAAUAAUCUGGGCCAUCAGAAAAAGAAGAAGCAGGGUUGGGGUUAGUUCAAACAUAUCUGACCUCUUGUAGCAUUGCUCUCCCGCUGUGUAACAGAUUCAUUAAUCCUCACCUCAUGAGAGUUUAAAGAUUAUAAUGUUAAAAUUGGGUGUUUAUUAUUUAUGGUUAUUUAAGUGCCACAGGGCAACACAUAUUGCCAUGGCACGUGCCUUUUAAAAAGAUGGGAGGAAGUCAUCUUGAAUUAAAGUAUAGUUGUUCUGCAUUGUAUUUAAUAUGCAAUGCAUACAAGAAACAGCAUCUGAAGGUAAAGCUUAUCCAAGCCUAUCCAAAAAUAUGUUUUGAUAAGAAUUGUGUUUUUAUAUAUAUAUAUGUAUAUAUACUAGAGCUAUU